UUUGAAAAGGAAUAAAAUAUAAAUAAUUUCCCCAAUUAUCCCAUGUCAUUUUAUUACACUCGUUGGUUCUACUAGUCGACUAAAAUCAGAGUCGGAUAUAUAGAUUGUAGAGUGAAGAAGUAGUAUUGUUCACAAAAACGGCGAAGAAAAUCAAUCGGCGGUGGCAAUGUUGACGACGAUGAGCCAAAUUCGUUUCCCUCUUUAUUGCUGCUACGCCUCCUCCUCCUCCUCCGCCUCACUUUCCGAGACUAAAGUCCUUAACGGUAAUCCCGGCGGCACACUCUCUGCCAGACAAGAGAUCCGUCUCGGUUUGCCGAGUAAAGGUCGAAUGUCUUCUGACACACUCGAACUUCUCAAGAAUUGUCAAUUGUCAGUGAAGCAGGUCAAUCCUCGACAGUAUGUUGCUCAAAUCCCUCAGAUUUCCAACUUGGAAGUCUGGUUCCAGAGGCCGAAAGACAUUGUAAGAAAAUUGUUAUCCGGAGAUCUUGAUCUUGGUAUCGUCGGACUCGAUACACUCACUGAAUUUGGCCAGGGUAGUGAUGAUCUCAUUAUUGUCCAUGAGGCUCUAGAUUAUGGGGAUUGCCGUCUAUCGAUUGCGAUUCCCCAGUAUGGAAUAUUUGAAAAUAUAAAUUCACUAGAGGAGCUAGCCAAAAUGCCUCAAUGGACAGAAGAAAAGCCUCUGCGUGUUGCAACUGGAUUCACUUAUCUGGGUCCUAAAUUUAUGAAAGAUAAUGGCAUUAAGCACGUGGCAUUUUCGACUGCUGACGGAGCCCUGGAGGCAGCUCCUGCGAUGGGGAUUGCUGAUGCUAUCUUGGACCUUGUAAGUAGUGGAACUACCUUGAAAGAAAAUAACUUGAAGGAAAUUGAAGGUGGAAUUGUUUUGGAAAGCCAGGCUGCUCUUGUUGCAAGCAGGAAAUCAAUGAUUGAAAGAAAAGGAGUACUUGAAACAACUCAUGAGAUGCUUGAAAGAUUGGAGGCACAUUUGAGGGCUAGUGGGCAGUUCACGGUUACUGCAAACAUGAGAGGAAGCAGUGCAGAGGAAGUGGCUGAGAGAGUACUGAGCCAACCAUCAUUAGCUGGGUUGCAGGGACCCACUGUUAGUCCUGUUUUCUGCAAGCGUGAUGGAAAGGUAUCGGCAGACUACUAUGCCAUUGUCAUAUGCGUGCCCAAGAAGGCAUUGUACAAGUCUAUACAGCAACUGAGAGCGGUUGGAGGCAGCGGAGUUCUCAUAUCACCCUUGACCUAUAUUUUUGACGAGGAAACUCCCAGAUGGCGUCAGCUCCUUUCUAAACUUGGGCUGUAGUCAUAUGUGUCCCAUUUAUGGAGUUGUUUGUUUUCCCCCCACCCCCUAAAGAUACUAUCAGUGCAGAAGAAUUGUAGAAAACUGAAAUGAAAUUGCAUUUCUUGCUCGAUAACAUAGAAGUUCCAACUUCUGCAUCAGUUUGUACGUUGAAAUUUUUGUAGCAAGCAUGUAGUUUGUUCAAUUAGUUAUCUCUGUAAGACUUGGUUAGAUACUCGUGGAAGUUGAAAUUCGGUGUUGUAAUUUUUAACUUUUAAGUUGAUUUUAUUUGUUACCACCUGCCUCAA